AUGCUCAAGCGCUCUGGCCGGCCGCCGCCGCCAGAGUCGCUCACCGAAAAGAUCUACCAACUCCGGGGAGCGUUCCUCAUGGUGGCGGUCCCGCUCCUCCUCGUCACGCUCGUGCUCUACGCCAUGCCUUCCGCCUCCACCAACGAGUCCAUCGAAGACUACGCCCUCACGCACCGCAAGGCUGCACCCGAUCGGAAAACCUCCUUCGCCGUCAUCUUCGACGCUGGAAGCUCUGGCAGCCGCGUCCACGUCUUCCGCUUCGACCAGAAUUUGGAUCUCGUACCCAUCGGGAAUGACCUCGAGCUUUUCGUUCAGAUUAAACCUGGUUUGAGUGCUUAUGCACAGAAUCCACGACAGGCAGCUGAAUCUUUGAUUACUCUAUUGGAUAAAGCUGAGAGUGUUGUGCCCCGGGAGUUUCGGCCAAAGACACCUGUCAGAGUUGGGGCAACUGCAGGGUUGAGGGCUUUGGAAGGGGAUGCUUCUGACAGGAUUUUACAAGCGGUUCGGGAUUUGCUUAAGCAAAGAAGCACACUAAAAUCUGAGCCUGAUGCGGUAACUAUGCUGGAUGGAACACAAGAAGGUGCUUUUCAAUGGGUAUGCUUUAUGAACUUAUUAACAGAUUUAGACUAG